UAUUUUUAAAAAUAUAUUUUUUAAGUAUUUAUUUAUAUAUUUACUAUAAUCCUAAAUUUCAAAUUCCAAAAACCAUAUCCCACCCCUCAACUCUAAACCCUAAGUCUAGAUUAGUUAACUUUAAAGGUAUAAUUGUCUUUUAUCCUUCAUUAAAAGUGAGAGUAAAAGUGUGUAAACAUGAAAAGUUGUACUAUGAAUGUGUUAUUUGUGGUAAUUUCCCAUAAAACGAAUAUAAAAGCACAUCAUUAUAAUUGUUUGCAAAUGUAGGUUUUCCUUUUAUAUAGUAGUGAUGUUUUUUAUUUAAAAAUACAAAUUAUGGACCAUUUUAUACUGUCUAUCAUAAAAUACUAAUUCCACACACAUACACUAUAAAAUUCGAUGAAAAUUGAAACCUACUAGCAAACCCACCAAAAUAAUAAAAAAUAAACACUUCCAAAUACUCAUGCUUCGUCCUUUUUUUUUUAAAAAAAAAAGGAAGUUGGGCAAUAAAAAAUAAAAAAUAAACAAACAAACUAUCUUCACUUCAAAAAUCCAAUUUUUUAUAAUUAAAUUAAAUUCUGUUCACUUCAAAUACAUAUUCUUUAAUUAAAUUAAAUUAAAGGAAAGAAAUCCAAUUUUUUUUUAAAACAAACAAACUAUAAGUUUAUAACUACGCUCACUUCAAAAAAAUAUAAAAAAUAUAAAAAAAUUAAUCCCAUUGUUAUGUGUGCAGAUCAUGCAGCCGAAUAUCACAAUAACCGGAGCGACAACCUCGGACCGCAACCAAUAAUCAUUAGGAUCAUUAGGAUGUGGCCCAUCACAAAUCACAAAAACAAAAAUGCUUUCUUAGGAACACCUUUCAUUUAUCUUGACAUCCAGGUUUGUCUAAAAAAUACUAUGUUUUUAUUAUUCCAACUACAUUUGAAAUGAUAACUUUAAACCACUCAACAGGAACAAAAAAUGUACCAACGGUUCGAAGAAGGGAAAAUUUAUCACAUUAGAUAUUUUAAUCUCCUUUCCAAUAACCAACGGUACAUGCUUACAGUUCAACCAUACAUAAUCAAUAUCAAUGAGACAACAAUUAUUACACAGAAAGAAACAUUCCACCAAUACCUUCAUGCAUAUUCCGGCCCCAAAGCUACCCUAGUUGAUUAGCUUAGCAAGUGCAACCAAUUUUCUCCCAGGUAAAAAAAACCAUUGCAUUAUGUUUACAUAGGUACUAACACUUUAUUAAAUAAUAAUUAUUUUAAGCAAUAAAUAUAUAAUACAAUCAUUAUUUGUAAAUCCAAAAUGGUACGUCUAACUAUCUGGAACAACAAGGCAGAAAAUUUCAGGGAGCUAAAUCGCAUAUCUACCAGAAAAAACUAAAUUGUAAUCAUCACAAGUAUUAUUCCACGGUUACAUGAAGGUAAUAAACUAAACAUAAAGUUUAUGUCAAAAUAAAUGCUUACAAAUAAUUUACUUUUUCAGGGAAAUUAUCACUUACAACCACACCUGGAUCGGGCUUUUACUUCGACACCGACAUUGAUAUCAUACAACGCUUCCAAAAGAGGAAUAAACUGUUAUCUUAAGCCUGAUAACUAACGAUACCAUUAAAUACUCAAAAUUACUAUUUUCUCUUACGAAAAUUGAUUGCUCAACACAAUAUAUUAUUCAAACUUACUGUUAUUUAAAAAAGAGAAAUCACCGCAUCACAUUCAAACCAAAAUUCUAUGGUUAAAUCUACAACACACAAAAUUAACAAACAACUUCUUAAACUAAAAAAACUACCAAUCAAAAGUAUAAAUUUACUUAAUUUGAACAUGUUAUCCGCGCGUAGCGCGGACACCGGAUCUAGUUUUAUUAAAAACACUGAAACCUAUAAAGAACUUGAGAUUUUUUUAUGAUUUAGCUCAUUCAAGUUAUUUGGGCUUGGAUCACGACAUAUUCCAAGCCUACUUAUUUAUAGUACAAAGAUUAAAGAAUAUUUCGCAAAAUAUUUUUUAAAAAUAUUUGAUAUUUUAUAAUACAGAGUACACAUAUUAUAUUUUACAUUACACACCACAUAUGGUUGGUGUUGAUUCUUUUGGCUAAUAUAUGCCAAAACUUGUUGAUGCCAACCAUAUAUGAAGCUUAUAACUUGCAGAUAACAAUUUCCCAUAUAAGUUUAUAUCACUCCGAAUCUUUUGGUGUCAAGUAUACAAUGUAUACUUCUUUGUUUUUCAAGUAAUUUAUUUAUUUGUAUCUAAUAAUAUGAGAAAUUGACAUAAAUUCUUGUUGAUUAAAUCUUGUCUCGUGAUUCGUCACACCUCCAAAUAAGUGUGUCAUUUUCGUUUCACUGUUAUGAAUUACUGUUUAAUCGUAAUAUUAGAUAAACCCUAUAUGUUAAUAUGGGUAUGAAUUGUUUAUAACUUCUUACAGCACCAUUUUCAAAAUAUCGUUUGAUAUUUUUCAAAAACAAAAAAUCUUUGAUAUCCAUGUAUUUUUUGAACUGCAAACCUAAACAAAAUAACUUUUUACGGAUUUCCCGAUAUAAAAUAUUUUAUGAAUUUAAUUAAAACUCAUAGCUUUUGAUAUUUGUCAAAUUUAUUAAAUCCAGUCAAAAAAAUAAAAAUUUGUAAUUGUGGUCAUAAACUCAGAAUCCGAGAUCGGAUCUAUUAGCUAUUCUUUCACAGUUUCACUUGCAUAAAAAAUAAAUAUUGAUAUAUAUAUAUAUAUAUAUAUAUUAUGUUUCCGUAAUCUUUCUAAUUAAACAAAAUGUUGUAUUAAAUAAUUUUUUUGUUGAUGUGUGAUUUACAGAAAAUAUCACUGAUAAUUUAUAAGAAGACUAAAAUUCAUUAGAGUAAUUAAAAACUAUUCAGUUACAAAAUAAAAUUGAAAACUAUUUAUUUUAUUACUAAUUCAUGUGAAAAUUUACAGAAUGGAUUAAAAAUUAAAAUUAAAUAAUAUAUUAUUUAUAGUUUUUAAUUUUACUAUAAAUGAAAGCAAUAAGAGUCUCUUAACAAUUUAAAAUCUAAUUUUCCUCAAACAAUAUCAUUAAAAUAAAACCAAACUACAAAAUACAAAAAAAAUUGAAAAUAAAUAUAUUUUUUUAUGAAAUUAAAUAAUAAACCCACGUUUUUAAAUGCGAGUCAGAAUGUAGUUGGAUUUUACAAUAAAAUAUUUAAUAUUCGUCGGUUAAUUAAUUAUCCGCGUAAAUUCAUUUGUUGGCCCUCACUGCUCCCUGGAAUGUGGCGGUAUCCAUCAAGUAAGAUUAAACGAAUGCGAAAUUUAUCAUUAUUUACCAAUAAGUAUGUUUACGUGUUGACGUAUGAUCUCAAAUCGCAGAAAUAUGUUUACGUGUUGACGUAUGUGGAUGUUGACUCUGCUGCAUGUAUAUUUCAAGUUGACUCUGUCCCGAGCCCAAGCUCUCUUUGCUCACCCUGUUACCUCAUCUGAACGGAGGUAGUCUCAGGCGUUUCGCCUCCUCUUCGCCGCGUUUCACCUCACCGUCACCAUAUCAGAGGUUGGAUUCAACCUUUCGCCUCUUAACCACCGUAUACCAACCAGCAACUAACGAAAAAGGCACAUAAUUUCUUUGAUCAGUACUUAACUAAAGUUUAAAACAUGAAAAUAGGGGCCCUAUGUGAAGUGGGCCUCAGGCACUUGCCUUUAUUUUUAUGUUGCCGUUAAGCACGACUCUAGCCAGUAUCAACAAGUGGUAUAAAAUUCAUCAUAAUGAUAUUAGGAUAUAUUGUCUGCAUAAAUAGUAACGGCAUGCCAUGUGCGUUUAUCAAGAGCAUUUUUUAUAUACUAUUUGAUUCUUGUUCUGUCGUUAUAUAAUGAGUGGUCGAGGUUUAUAUACAUAAUGCUAAUAUGCUUCGACAUUAUUUAUGUAUUCCCUGUUCAUUCAAAUUUAUAAAACAAAAUUACAUUAGUUGUUGGUAAUGAUUUGCCUAAUGCUAAUAUGCUUCGACAUUGUUUAUGUAUUCCCUGUUCACUCAAAUUGAUAAACGAAGUUACAUUUGUUGGUAUAGUGAUUUGCCUACUAGAUGUUAUAACCAUUUGGAUCUCAGAAUCCAAGUAAUCAGUUAAAUAACUAUAAUAUAUACAAAUCAUAUAACGCUAUCAAUCAACUGUAUCACACAGCCGGUUUAUUCAGAAUCAUACAUAUAUCAAUAACAGUAAACUAUAUUUGGUCUAUCUAAAUCAAAUGAUGGUCUCAUUUUUAAAGAAGAAAGAGUACAGCCGUACAGGACAAGACUUACAAUAUACUCUUUUCUAAAGUAUGAUUAAUUAAUUGGGAUAAUCCAAAUCCAUACAAUAAUUAAUUCUACUAAGCAAGAAAACAAAAAAAAAAAUGGGGGUUUUGAAAAUAUAUAAUAUAUGUAAAUGAUUUGUUGGAUUUUAUCUCACUUCUUAACUUUUUCUAUUUUUAAAAUCAUCAAGUUUUAUCAAUUAUGAUGUAGAUUUAUCUUUAAAAAUUGAACCCUGCAUCUAAACUCUCCUAAUUUUUAAAAAUAUUAUAUUAUAUUAACUAUUUUAAACAGAGUAAUGCUAUAAUGGUUACAGUAAAACUAAACUAGAAAACGGCUAAACCAGUUUGGAAAAGAAACCCUAAUGCUACAUGGAUUUUGAGUGACCCCAAUCGUUUGCGACCUAAGCUUUCGAAAAACCUCUCACCACCAUCAACAACAUAUUACAUAUAUCUCGAGUAUAAUUAAUUUUUAGUAUAAUUAAUUUUUUAGUGUAAUUUUAAAAAACUAUAGAAAGUUUUUAUUUACUUUGAGUAAAUUUAUAAACUAUUUAGUCUUUUGAAAACAUAAAUGAUAAUUACAUAUUAAAAUAAAUAAUAGCUAAACUUUGGUAAUUAUUAUUUUUAUUAAUAAUAAAGUAUUUUCAUUGAUAAAAAUAUUUUAUGUAUACAUCGUAUAUAUAUCUCCUACGUUUUAUUAUAAAAUAUUUAUAGUCAGAAUUUACCAAUACAACCUAUUAAACUACAUCAAAAUCUCUAUAAUAAAAUAGAUAGUAUAAAUGUACAGUUAUAGUCAAUUAUCUACGAAAUUUAUUUUAGAUACAGUUCAACCAUCUAAAGUCUCUUUUAAGUAACCUGAAAAGUUAAGUUAAAAAUGUGGUGUUGUCCCAAAUUAUCAUGUUAUUCCGUAAUGCUAGAGAGAAAUUCCAACUCGGAUGAGAAGAAGAAUAGAGAAGUUUUUCUUUCUUUUUUAAAUAACUCUGGCGUCAUUAUUAUUAUUUGAGGUAUUUUUACUUACAAUAAAUUUAAUGAUUUUGCCUUGUGUAGGAUGUCUUGCACCUUCAGAGUCAAGGUGCGUUAAUUCUCUGAAAUGAUACAAUUUCAUCAAAUUGAUCGACAAACAAAAAAAUUGUGGUGCCGUCUUUAUGUGUGUCAGUGUGUGUUAUGUAUAUACAGCUUCUAAUAAUUAGGAGAAAAAUAGGAAACAUAACGAAAAAUUAAGUUUUGUCUGUAUACCUCAAUUAUUGCAGGAGUCCCUGAAAUAAAUCCAAGAUUUUCCGAACCAUCACCAAAUGAGCUUUGAUCAAAGUUCACUUUCUUCAGUUUCAUGUUCAUCAUUGGUGGACGCCUUACUCCCACCAGGAGUACAUACCAGUUCGAAAUAUUUUAUAUACUGACGAAUAUAUUGUAAUCGGGCAUACUAUAUAUAGAGUUGACCUGGUAAUUAUUGGUUGAUACUUGGUAGUUGGUACGCAUACAUUUACAUAUUGCCUCUUUAACGUUUUAUAAAAACUGCCUCACGUCACAUAUAUAUAUGCAUCUAUACAUUCGGAUUUUACCGAGUUUUACAUAAAAAAUUUAAAUUAUCUAAAGAAAAUGGUUACUAGACAAGAAAAAUAGAAAGGAAAAGUUAGGUUUGUUUUCCUUAAGUGGAUAACAAUGAAACCAAAAGAAAAUAUUUGAUAGUAGUGUCCCAUGAGACAUCUCACAACUAAGAUUUCUUGUAACUUUGUUUUUUCUUGAAACUCCCCACCAUAACUAACUACGUACAUUACACAAGCAUGGAUCCAAUUAAUUUUAUAAUAUUGUAAGACUCUAACUUGUCAUCUUCCAAACCUUAGCUACAUGCAUGUUAUAUAUUAUUCUAUUUCCAUACAUCAAAAUAUGCCAAUUUCUCCCUAGCUAUAAAUAUAUACAUAAUUGAACCUAGACACACCCCUCUCCCCCUUCCUCCUCUUUCUUUGAACCUUUACAUGCCCUCUUGGUAAAAACGUUUUUAGAUUUAAAUAUACAUAGUAAGCUACAGAUUUAUUCACAUAAUGGGUUUGAAAGAUAUUGGGUCCACAUUGCCACCGGGAUUUCGGUUUCACCCAAGCGAUGAAGAGUUGGUUUGUCAUUAUCUCUGCAACAAGAUUAGGGCAAAAUCUCUCCACUGUAAUGUUGAGGAUGACGACGUUGAUGAAGCCUUGCAGGAUGCUACUGAUCUUGUGGAGAUUGACUUGCAUAUUUGUGAGCCGUGGCAGCUCCCUGAUGUGGCAAAGCUGAACGCCAAAGAAUGGUACUUCUUCAGUUUUCGCGAUCGAAAAUAUUGCACUGGUUAUCGUACAAACAGAGCAACAGUAAGUGGAUACUGGAAAGCAACAGGCAAAGAUCGAACUGUAAUUGAUCCACGAACAAGGCAAUUGGUAGGGAUGAGGAAAACACUGGUGUUCUACAGAAAUAGAGCACCGCAUGGGAUCAAAACUACUUGGAUCAUGCACGAGUUCCGUCUUGAGUGUCCUAACAUGCUACCCAAGGAAGACUGGGUCUUGUGCAGAGUGUUCAACAAAGGCAGAGACUUAUCGCUACAAGACAAUAACAAUGAUCACCUGACGCGAAGGUUUGCGGUUAAUGGCGCUCCGGAUCUUAAUUACGCUCCUAAUUACAACAAUCAGUUGCACCCUUUACUAUCAUCCUCUCCUUCAACCACCAUCGACCCUCUACAUCAUCUUGAUCAGUGGGGGCAGCUAAUGAAGCAGCCUUCAAGGACUACUGACCAUCCCUAUCAUCACCAUUGUAAACAUCAAACCAUAGCAUGUGGCUGGGAGCAGAUGAUGGGUUCGAUGUCAUCAUCGUCGACACAUGGCCAUGAUCACGAGUCCUUGCUAAAUUUGCUUUACGCCGACAAUAACAACAAUAUCAACGUCACUGAUGAUCAGUACAUUCAGAACUACGAGAAGAUAUUGUUCCCAUCAGACUCAACUAGUUUGGAUCAUGAUAAGAUAUGUAUGGGGACAUCAUCCGAUGGUGGUAUGGUCUCUAAUCCUCGCAUGGAAUGUGGCGGCUUAAGUUUUGAGACUGACAACCCCCUCUCUUUCAAUUGAAACAUACUACACAAUUGCAUAUAUCCGCCGAUUUGUUGAUUCGCAAAAUAUUUUAAAAGAAAUUUUAUAUAAUGAUAAUAUGUAAUAAUAAUGUGAUAAAUAUAUGAUCUUAUUCUCCUUAUCAUAUUUCCGUUCCUUUUGCUCUUAUUUUGCGCUUUCAGUUUAAAGAAGAAUUUUCUCCCUUUUUUAUGUUUUCUGUUAAUAAAAAAAUUCAAAAUUAAAUAUAAUCUAAGGACAUGAUUAAUGAGGGAGUUCUUAAGAUAUUUAAGAACUGAUUCUUAGUUUUUAGUUAAAAGUUAAGAGACGAGUUCUUAUAUUCCACUAAAAACUUCAUCUUAAGAACUCUCCAUUAAUCAUGCUGUUAGGAUAUCUCCUAUUAAAAGAUUAUUAUUUUUGGUAAAAAAAAAUCUAGUAAAAAACCUUUAGAGCAUAUUUAUUGCAGAUCUCUUAGAUUGAGAUUCUUAGCGUAAUAUAAAAUACGGUCUCUUAACUUUUAACUAAAACCAGUUAAAAGACGUUUUUUAUAUCUUUUAUUUAAGAGACAUCUCUAAAAGCUAAAAACACAACCUAAGAAUCUCUAAAACCUAAGAACCCAACCUAAGAGACCUGCAAUCUCAGUAAUAAUCUAAUGCAAAUAUGGUUAGAGCAGGAGAAAAAUAAUCACAAUGAAAAGACGAUAGGAAUCUACACAAGACAUCACCAGAGAAUAUAUCUCGAAACUCCCCUUUUAUUUAUGAGAAGAAAGGGUUACAUACAAGUGACGUCCGGUGUGUUCAUUAGACGCAUAUUUUACACAUACAUUAAAACCUUAAGUGGGCAUGAUUACAAUCUGACCAUUACAAUAGUAACCAUGUCACUACUUUAUUAUUUUACUAAAA